AUGGAUUUGCGCGUGAGCUUUGCUGACAAGCUAAAAUUGGGCGCCAAGAUUAUUGGCCAUAAGGUUGUUCAGUACAAACUGGGCACGAAUCAAACGAACGAACUGACCACCAAGUAUGGCCAGUUGAAGGGUCAGCAGCGUAGGACCAUCUACGAUGGCGAAAUCUACUACUCCUUCGAGGGCAUACCCUUUGCCCAACCGCCCGUGGGUGAGCUGCGUUUUCGCGGCCCUCAACCACCGACCUCGUGGCAGGGAGUCCGGGACUGCACCUAUGCAAGGGAGAAGCCCAUGCAGAGGAACUCCAUAACCAACACGGCCGAGGGCUCCGAGGAUUGUCUGUACCUCAAUGUGUACGCCAAGAAGCUGGAGUCGCCCAAACCACUGCCCGUUAUGGUUUGGAUAUUCGGCGGCGGCUUUCAGAUAGGCGGAGCCUCCCGAGAACUCUACGGACCGGAUUACUUCAUGAAGCACGACGUCCUGCUGGUCACCAUCAAUUAUCGCGUGGGCGCCUUGGGCUUUCUGAGUCUCAAGGACAAGACUCUCAAGAUACCCGGCAAUGCGGGUUUGAAGGAUCAGAUCCAGGCACUGCGUUGGAUCAAGGAGAACAUAGCCAGUUUCAAUGGUGAUCCCGAGAACAUAACCGUGUUCGGUGAGUCUGCCGGCGGAGCAUCCACUCACAUCCUCAUGCAAAGCGAACAGGCCCGGGGACUUUUCCAUCGGGCCAUCGUGCAAUCAGGAUCUGCUUUAUGUGCCUGGGCCACGCAACCGGAUCGAAAAUGGCCCCAACGAUUGGGCAAGGAACUCGGCUAUGCCGGUAACUUGGAGAGUGAAAAGGAGCUGCUGGAGUUCUUCCACCAAAUACCGGCCAGCAAAUUGGCGCUCUACUGCAAUGCGAUUGUGACGCAGGAGGAGCAGCGCGAUUACGAGAUCUUGGCCUUUGCCCCCGUAAUCGAAACAUAUGUUGGCGAUGAUUGCGUUAUCCCAAAGUCGCAGCAGGAGCAGUUGUCCAGCGCCUGGGGCAAUCAGAUUCCACUGAUCAUAGGGGGAACCUCGUUCGAAGGACUCUUCUCGUAUCGCACCACCUUGGACGAUCCACUUUAUAUGCUGAGUGCCUUUGAGGCAAUAAUUCCCAAACAGGUUCGCGAGGCCAUCGAUAAGGAUGAGCUGGCCGAGAUGGUGAGGCGGUUGAAGAAGUCCUACUUCGAUGAUCCCGAUAGGGCCAGCAUGGAGCUCUACGAGUGUUUGCACAUCCUGAGCGUGAAGAACUUCUGGCACGACAUCCAUCGCACUCUGCUCGCCCGACUGGCCUAUGCGACCGCCUCGUCCACGUAUCUCUACCGAUUCGAUAUGGACUCGCCGCACUUUAAUCACUACCGGAUCUUGAAGUGCGGCAAAAAGGUAAGGGGUGUGUGCCAUGCAGAUGACAUCUCGUACUUGUUCUACGGACUGCUCUCCAGUAAAUUGGACAAGAAUUCUGCGGAAUACCGGACAAUUGAGCGUUUGGUUGGCAUGUGGACAUCGUUUGCCACCACUGGAAAUCCCAAUUGCGAUCUUAUCGCUCCGUUAAAGUGGGAUCCACUGCGUCCUGGUGGCGUGGAGCAUUGCCUUAACAUUGCAGAUGGCUUGAAGUUCAUCCCCUUGCCCGAAAGCAAACAGUUUGUUGUCUGGGACAGUUUCUACACCAGGGAGAGUCUAUACUGAGGAGAUUAUAGUGGGGGAAAAUCAAUAAGCUUUAAAUGGUGUCUUCAUUUAUCAAAUAAUCCUUAAAUAUUAUAACUUGUAUUCCUAAUUAAUUUCCCUUUGCUUUCAUAAGAUACUUUUAUAUACCUUUGAAUUUAUAAGCUCUAAAAUGUUACAUAUUUUUUAAGUUUACCAUAAUAACCCACGCAAAAUUGUAACAUCAUAAUCAAUAAAUAUAAAAAAAAGAAUUUAAUCAUCAAUUCAAGGCAUAAAAUACUUGCAUCUUUCAAUAUAACUCUUCCAAUUAUCCCACACCAAAAAUGAUUUCCUUAAUUUAUUCUCCUGCAUUUUAUUUCCUUUUUUAUGAUGGCAACGUAUUUCGGUCGGAAUUGAUUUCGCAGCCAGUUUUAUCCGGUUCUAGUGUCUGGGUC